CCAUUUCUUUCCAUUAUCUUUGGGGCCUCUUCCUCUUCAUCUUCCUCUCUCUAUUUUAUGUGCCAUCAAUUUCCACAUCAAAUCUUCACAUUGUCUAUUUGGGACAUAAUAAUGGUCAUGAUCCUCUCCUCACUGCAAAGUCUCAUCUCCAACUUCUCUCCAAAGUCUUCUCCAAGGAAGAUGAGGCCAAGGAAGCCAUUGUCUACAACUACAAGCACAGUUUCUCUGGGUUUGCUGCCAUUCUCAACUCCAGCCAAGUCACCACCUUGUCAAAAAUGGAUGAAGUUGUAUCAGUGUUUAGAAGCAGGAUGCUGCAAUUACACACUACAAGAAGCUGGGACUUCAUGGGACUCUCCUAUGGCUCUGGAGGAAGCACACCAAUUCAAUACAAGUAUGGAGAUGAUAUAACUGUUGGUGUAUUUGAUACAGGCAUAUGGCCUGAGUCUGAGAGCUUCAAAGAAGAGCCCGGCACCAAACCAAUCCCUGAUUCAUGGCACGGUCAAUGUGUAGAAGGUCAAGAAUUCGACCCGAAGACAGCGUGCAACCGAAAGCUCAUCGGAGCAAGAUAUUACCUCAAAGGCUUCGAGCAAGAAUACGGCCUUAUUGACCAAACAGAAUACCGAUCACCUCGAGAUGGCCUCGGCCAUGGCACUCACACUUCCUCCACUGCCGUUGGCUCGACAUCAAGAAACGCCAGUUUCUUCGGUUUAGGCACUGGCAUUGCUCGCGGCGGUGCACCAAGAGCUCGGUUAGCAAUGUACAAGAUUUGCUGGUUCAAGGAUUUGCAAGGAAGGUGCAGUGAGUCAGAUAUAAUGGCUGCGUUCGACGAGGCUUUGAGUGAUGGUGUGAAUGUGAUUUCAGCAUCAAUCGGAGCACCACCACCGUUGGUGCCGUUCUUCGCUUCAGCCACCGAGAUUGGGUCAUUUCAUGCACAGGAGAUUGGGGUGGUGGUGGUGUUCUCGGCGGGGAAUGACGGGCCAGAUGAGUCCUUGGUACAGAAUGUGGCACCGUGGUCGAUCUGCGUUGCCGCCGGUACAAUUGACCGAAGGUUUCCAACGGAGAUCAAGAUACAAAAUACUUCCUUCCUGGGACAAGGAUUUAUUGUUGAAGCUUUGAAAUCACAAUUGAUAGCCAGUAUUCUAAUAUUCAGUGAUGGGUCAUGUUCAGUAGACAAAUGGAACGGGGAAGAUGCAAGAGGGAAGAUAAUAUUGUGCUUCUCCACAGUUGGGCCAGUAUCCAGUGGAGGUGCAGCCAUUGCAGGUUAUUUUGCCAAUGCAACAGGUAUCAUCUUUGUUGAAACCACAGUUAAGCAAAGUGCUCAAGAUGAUUUCCUUCCCACUGUUCAUAUUGGUCUCCCUCAAGGCACUCAAAUCCUUUAUCAAUUGCAAUCUCCUCCCAAGAUUCUGAGGGUACAAAUCUCUCCCAGCAAAACCAUCAUUGGCCGUUCACCAGCACCAUCUGUUGCAUCAUUCUCCUCCAGAGGACCUAAUUCCAUGUCUCCAAAUAUUCUUAAGCCUGAUAUUACUGCACCAGGGGUCAACAUCUUAGCAGCUUGGACGCCUAAAACCUCACCCACCUUGUUACCCAUUGAUAGUCGCUCUGUGAAUUGGAACUUCGAUUCAGGAACUUCAAUGUCAUGCCCUCACAUUUCUGGUAUUGUGGCACUUCUUAAAUCAGCUCAUCCUGAUUGGUCUCCUGCAAUGAUAAAAUCCGCAAUUAUGACUACAGCAUACAUGAGAGACACAAGUACAGAUAGUAUUUUAGCAGGAGGAACAUUAAAAUCUGUUGAUCCAUUUGAUAUUGGAGCUGGGCACGUAAAUCCUUUAAAGGCAAUGGACCCUGGCCUUGUUUAUGACAUAGACACUCAAGAGUACAUUUUUUACCUUUGUAGCUUAGGCUACACUAAGAAACAAUUGCAAAGAAUUAUAAAGCCCUUUCCAGGUAUAAAUAUGAAUUGCACAGGUAAACAUUCAGACUUGGACUUGAAUUAUCCUGCGAUAGUAUUAUCAGAUCUUCAGUCUACAGUCACAAUUAAGAGGACAUUGAAGAAUGUUGGUAGGGAUGGUGCUGCUUAUUUUGCAAAUGUUGUGAGCCCUCAUGGAGUGCACGCACUUAUUUGGCCAAGAUACAUUGUUUUCUCUUGCAGAAAAAGAAUGAUUUCUUACUAUGUGACGGUAACACCAUUGAAACAAUCUCAGGGUAGAUAUGAUUUUGGGGAGAUUGUUUGGUUUGAUGGGUACCAUUAUGUGAGGACUCCAUUGGUUGUGCGUGUGAAUAAUGUUUGAGAUUAAAAGUUGAAGAACAAUGGAGUCUGGAUUGUGAUUGGGGCGGUGGUGUUGAAGGAAAAAAAAUUAUGAUAAGAUUAAUUGUGAAUCAGAACAACAUUGGAACUUGUUUGACAUAUAUGUCUAUAUAUAUUUAAGAUAAAACAAUCACACUUAAGCUGGUAGUAUAUUUCA